GAAGAGCGCGAAUCGAACCGCCGAAUAAUGCGUCGCCUCCACGCAAUGGACAAAGCAUCCCUCUCAUCGAAAUAGAUGAUGAUGAUGAUGAUGUUGAUGACGAGGAUAAUGGAGAUUCGCAGCGAUCAAGGAACUCGUCAAAUGCCAUUAUUUCAAUGUUGUAUAAGUUCAAAAAAUCGAUUAACGAAACAUAGAGUCAGUUCUGGAAAAAAAGAAAAAUAGCAGUAAAAAUUACUUUCUAGUACGCGAAAAUGAAGAAGAGGAAGAAGAAGAAGAAGAAGAAGAAGAUGAUGAAGAAGAAGAAACUGACAAUGACAUUUACGACUACGAUGACGACGAAGACGCCGGUGAUAUCAUUGAUGAGGCGAACGAAGAUAUUACCAAUGAUACCGGCGACAAGGAAAUCGAUGAUAUGGUUGACGAAAUUCUGGAGACACAGGACGUGACGCAGGAAGUCGAAGAAGAGGAGGGCUACAAUUACGUCGAAGUACAAAUUGGUGGUGGUGCUGUCCAGCCCUCAGACGCUCUCCCUUCGCCUUCACAAAGGGGAGAUCGUCAACUAGUGUCACCCCCACGGUCCCGUCAGUCGACUCCAGCACCGUCGCCGUCGACAUCACCGACACCUCGUCAGGCUCAAAAUGAAGAUCAGGAGAAGGAGCAUCAGCAACAGGAGCAACGAUGUUGGCAGCACGAGGUCAAUCAUUUUAAUUAUCAGGAGACGCGGUAG